AUGACAGGGAGCGGUGGCGCAGCCCUCGCUCUGGUCAGGAUGUUUUCUGCCUUUCUUCGCUGGGCAGCCAAGACCAAGGCUCGCAUUCCCUUCCUCAAGGACAUCCAUGUAAAUUUCAUUCUGCUUCACUACACUUAUAUAAUCGCCAUUACCUUGCUCACCUCCAUCAUCGUCUACGCCGGAAGUAACCUUGCUUACAUUGAUGCCUUGUUUUUCUCCGCUGGAGCUGCCACCCAGAGUGGGCUCAAUACGGUGGACUUCAAUCUGCUCUACACCUACCAGCAGAUCGUCUUAUACUUUGUUUCCAUGCUCACAACUCCUAUUUUCAUACACACGGUGCUAGUCUUCGUGAGGCUCUACUGGUUUGAAAAGCGAUUCCAGCAUGUCGUCCGUGACGCCCGAGCUCUGCGUUACACCCGAUCCCGAUUGCGCACCAUCAGUGAAGAUAAGGAUCCGGAGCCGUAUAGCCGGGAGGCGGGUGUCGGAGGUCGGUCGAUCGUGGUGAUGCACAAUACUGAGGAUGGUCCUAGCCAAGGAAACCAGCCGCAGCCCCCCAAGUCAUCACAGUCUAGCGACUCCGUUUCCGGAUCCCGUGCCGCGAACGAUGAAGAGAUUACAGAAGACCAGGAUGGUAGCCUGAAUGGGAGACUGGGUCUGGGCUUGGGCAGCCUUAGAUUGCCCACGCAAUUGAGCCCGGAACACCAUAUUGCUUUCCUGGAGAAUCAGCGAAGGAACACUGGCGCACUACGCAUUCCGAGCCCGAGAGAGUAUGAUCGUGGCGGCGUCCCUCAGUUUCUGGAAGACCAGGACCAGGACCACGAUCAAGACCGACAGAUCCGACAGAUCGGGCAACGGAACACUGGAUCGGAUGACCACAGCCCACGGCAUUCGGAAGAGGAAGAUCAGGAAUUCUACUUCCCUCGAUUAGACACACGGCCCACAUUUCGGGAAACGAAGGAUGGGAACGAACCAUCGCCCCUGGCUCGUACAUCGACGCGGAGACCGACCUUUACCAGUGUGUAUCGAUCCUUGACCCACGAAAGGGAGCGCACCACGCUUCCAUACCUCAGUUGGAACGCGACAGUUGCCCGUAACUCUAACUUCGUGGAUCUGACUGAAGAGCAACGAGAUGAGCUUGGGGGUAUUGAAUAUCGUGCACUGAAGACGCUUGCGGUUGUCCUGAUCUCUUACUACAUGUUUUUUCAUCUUCUUGGCAUUGUAUGCCUAGUCCCUUGGAUUGUGACUACACAUUGGGGCUCAGUUGUGACGAAAAUCGGACAAGGACGACCAUGGUGGGCAAUAUUCAUGGCCGGGUCCGCAUUCAACGAUGUUGGCUUUUCUAUCACUCCCGACUCGAUGAUUUCGUUUCAGGAUGCCAUCUUUCCCCUACUUUUGAUGACUUUCCUGAUCAUCAUCGGUAACACAGGGUUUCCUUGCAUGCUACGAACGAUCAUCUGGGCCAUGUCAAAGGUUACACGCAAGGAGACUCCUCUCUGGGAAGAAUUGAAAUUUCUCCUGGAUCACCCCCGCCGCUGCUUUACACUUCUUUUCCCCCGAAAUGCUACUUGGUGGCUCUUCGCCACCUUAGUUGCUCUGAACGGCAUUGACCUGAUUUUCUUCAUCAUCUUGGAUUUAAACGAUGAUACUGUGACCUCACUAUCUACGGGAAUUCGCAUCCUCGAUGGCCUUUUCCAGGCCGCUUGCACGCGGACGGCCGGCUUUUCUGUCGUGUCUUUGUCGGAGAUCCAUCCCGCUGUGCAAGUAUCGUACAUGAUCAUGAUGUAUAUCUCCGUCUUUCCCAUCGCCAUCUCUCUGCGUCGGACCAACGUGUAUGAGGAGCAGAGUCUGGGAAUAUACUCGUCCCCGGAAGAAGAAGAAGAAGACCAUAACCUUACCGCGCCAAGCUACAUAGGGACCCACUUAAGGAGGCAACUCAGUUUUGAUCUGUGGUACGUCUUCCUGGGAUUGUUCAUUAUCACGAUCGUGGAGGGGGGCCGAAUCCAGCGCACGGACCAGUACAGCUUCCAGGUAUGGUCCGUUCUUUUCGAAGUGGUCUCCGCCUACGGUACUGUUGGGCUGUCCCUUGGAUAUCCAGGCGUCAAUGCAUCAUUUGUUAGCCAGUUCCAAGUCCUUUCCAAAUUGGUCAUCAUUGCCAUGCAGAUCCGCGGUCGCCAUCGUGGUCUUCCCUAUACCCUGGACCGUGCCAUCCUACUCCCGUCUGAACAUCUCAAUCAAAAUGAAGUCGCGGACGCCGAGCGACGAAUGCGUCGACGUCCGUCCAAUUUAAGCCAGAACUCGAUGGACGAGCAGUCCCGGACCCAGCAGGAGAGUGGUGCAUCCACGGGCCGUGAGACCAAAGACCAGAGCACACAGCCAUGGACGAACGGUGACCCUGUUCUGCGGCGUCAAUCCACAUUACGAUCCCAGAGAUCUCAGCGAUAA